GAUGACAGUGUUCGCACACCGACACAGUACCAGGCCAUUUUGGCGGUAGCCAGGAACGACUUCCUGAAAAUCUUUCGGAAGCUCGUCUCAAGCGCACAGGUCCUCUCAACAGAGCAGACCAGCUAUCGCCGCUACUGCACGGCACUUUUGGUGUUACGUCACUUUCAGUGCCCGGCAGCUGUGCAAGGCCUGACAGUAAGUGCAUCUAUUUUAACGGUCUAAAUGACAUUUUUCUCUUAAAAAUAUGCUGUGGUGGUUAUUUACAAAUGUGUUCAUUAACAAAUUCUGCCUUUCCAUUGUUUUUCAGGUGUCAGAGUGGGUCAACAGGAAGGAAGUUGACGACAGGGUGGUGAUCGGCUUCGGCCGAAAUGAAACGAUGCAGCCAGCUGCCUGUUUUGCCUUGACAAAGGAGGAGGAAGCUUGGUUGCAGGCAUAUUACUCGCACAUCCGGCCAAGAGUGAUCAGGAGUGACCUGAACUGUGACAGGUUCUUCCUUUCGUCAGCUGGCACUGCUUUGCUCACAGUUUCGAAUGACCUCGGUGUGCUCCACAAAGCUUAUGAAAAAAGCUGGAGUAUGGGAACACUCGAAAACUUUUUAAGAGCCACCAGUCGUCAGGCGAGAGGUGCUUUAGAGAUAGCGGCGGCUAACCUGACGGACACGGAGAAGGAGGCCGUGUCCUCUUACCUGGCCUACAACACUGCUGUGGCAAAACUGCGCAGAGUACCUACGCCACAGACUGUAGUGGCCACGGCUACACUGCUGGACUCCUUGGCAGGGUAGGGUUCUUCCUCUUAAACAGACACGAAACAUCACAAUUGCAUGUAUUUGUUGUUCACCUAAUUUCUAAUAUGUUAACACAUACCUUCUUUCCUCUUACAGCACUGACACCGACCGGUUUUCCGGUCCAUCGGGCACGAAGUCUUUGGACUUUGCAGACUUUUUAAUGAAGUUUCCGGCAUCGGCAGACAGCAAAGCACCCACCAAACUGGACAGGUUAAAGGCAGGGUUUCCGGGCGAUCGUGUCUUCUACGACAAGUGGCGUGCCGCCCAAAAGGCCAAAAGAAUGGAACGGCUGCUGAAGGCCUUUACCCGAAAACCCCAAGAAAGCACGGUGAAAUACGGGAUUCUGAAGGAAGGGUGGAAGAACAACUGUCCAAAGCCAGCGGACGUUUUGGCGGCUUGGAAACCAGCCACCAAACUUGUCAUUGAGACUGAUGAGGACCUCCGCCGGAACGUGUCUCAGCAGACGUGGAAAGGCCUGGCGAUCAAAGAUUUUGGUGGAGAGAAAGGGCUAGGAGUUGUUGCAACCCAACCCUUUUCCAAGGGUGACAUCGUGUGUGAUUACCAUGGGAAGGUAAUCACUUAUGCCCAGGGAAGAGUCAUGAUGCAGCUUCUACAGGAUGAAGCAGGGUACCUGUUUUUCUUCAGGACCGGCCAGAGGCAUCUCUGCAUCGACGCCCAGACUUUUCCAUGUGAAUGCCACCCCUGUGCAGACACUGUGGGCAGAAGACUCAAGCAUUCAUCCGAGCAAGCCAACCUGUGUCCAGAACCUUUCGUUUUGAAGGUGAAUGGACAGGACGUGGAUGUCAUCCUCUUCAGGGCCCUGCGGAACAUCAGUGUGGACACUGAACUGAAGUUUGACUACGGGGUGAAAAGGAAGUCCUUCCGAGGAGAGGGCCAGGAUCUGCAAUGGCUUGAUGAGUGAUGUUGCUCAUCUGCUGAUGUGCUAUGCUAGUCAAACGGGGUUCAGAUCCCUAUGUUGUAAAUUAUGUCAAUAUUUGAAAAGCCUAAUUCUGUGUAGACAGAAUUAGAUUCUUAAUUAGAUUCUUAUUACUUAGAAUUUAAUUUUUUCCAUCCACUUUUUGCAAAAUAAAAAUGUGACUAGAGUAUGUGUUU